AUGUCUAGAACGGCUAUUAGUUUUAUCACUGCUUCAUGCUCGCAGAGUCCCUCAGUUGAUACGGCCGGUAACCAUCGAAUUCGGCCACAAACUCUUUUCAUCCACAGCACAUCACGUGUUCAAGUUAAUGGAUCAGCGCAGCGUAUCGAUGGCUUUGCAACUAUUCUUUUCUCAUGUACCAGUCGUUACCUGCAAAAUCAGCAACAGCACAAAAUUUACAGUUUUGAAGUGAAAAUUAGCGUAUAUCCAGAAUUUGUAUUUCAGGGCGGAUAUGAAUGA